AAACACCAUAGAAGAAGACUGUCUCCUGUGGCGGAUAUGCUGGUAAUGGACGUUACAAAACACUGACCGAAUAUUUACGGUUUUGCCAGUGAACUGGGCACAGGCUGAGGUCUGUGUCUGCGGAUCCUUCCAGAAUGAGCGGCAUGCGGAACAUUCUGACCACCACCUUCAUGGUCACAGCCGUGGGGGUCGGUUACGGGAUGUGGGCUGUGAUAUCACCCGGGGAAGACAGAAGGAAAGACCUACUGAAGGGUCUACCUGAAUCGCAACCAGCGAGAAUGGAAGAAGCAAGGAAGAGAAAUGCUCUGGUGAUGCAGGUACUGAAGGAGGCAUCUGAAACCAGUGAAAAUAUUGCAAGAGGAAUAGACAAACCUAUGAAAUAAAUGGACUCUUAUGCAACUUUGCAAGCUAUUUAUCUUUUGAAUCAAAACUGUUGAAAGAGUACAUGAAAAUGUUAUGACACAAGAUUAUGUCUGAUUUGCUCCAUGCACAAACAAAUUGUUGUUGUGUAUUGUUUAAGUUGUUAAUUAAAACUUUCUUCUACGUGCCUA